AUGACCGAGAGCAACAGUCUGCAGCCAAUUUUGGAUCACAUUGUGAUCUUGGUGUCCUAUCAGACGCUACAAGAGCUACCAAAGCGAUUGGAGAAUGUCCUCACUGUAAUUGAUGGCGGAGCCCACGCAGACGGCCAGACAGUCAACAAACUGAUUGAAUUUUCUGAUGGUGUAUAUAUCGAGCUCAUCGCUUUUCAGGAUGACUUGGAUCCAGAAAGGCGAAAGACUCAUAGAUGGGGAGAGCUGGAACAGAACACUCUCGUCGACUGGGCGUAUACACUCCCCAAUGAAAAGGACUUUGGAGUAAUCCAACAGCGGGUCAAAGAAGCAAACUCGGAAAUCUUUUACCAGCCUCCAGUCGCUGGCGGUCGUAUCAGACCUGAUGGAGUCGAAUUGAAGUGGUCUGUUGCUUCAGCCUACACUACUUCCGGCAAGGCAUUGCAUCCAGGCAAAGCACCGUUCUGGUGUCUCGACCGCACUCCGAGACACUUACGAGUGCCUUACAAGGAAGAAGAUGGAUCAGACCCUUCUUACACGAAGCAUCCUUCUGGUGCGAUUGGGGUCUCGGGUGUUUCGAUCUCAGUGCCCAAGGAGGAGCGUGAUGUCAUUGCUAAGGUUUACGACGGGAUUCAUGGAUUCACUACUGAGGAGGGCACAUGGCCUUUCGUUGUUCACUCCGGUUCUACAGAGGGAAAGCAAGAGAUUACUCUGGAAAGCAGCCGGGACCAGGAAAGGUACAUUCACCUCACUCUUCUUGGUGACAAAGGCAGCCCUAAAAGCAUUGAGAUUCUACCUGGCUUGAACUUUAGCUUCGACUCCUAG